AUGGACGGGAGACGCCGGGCCGGGCGCCGGGUGGCUCUGGCUCUCUUCUGCGCCUGGUGCGCGGCCGCCAGCCUGGCCGGCGCGGAGAAGCAGUUCGUCAAUGAAUGGGCGGCGGAGAUCCCGGGCGGUCCGGCGGCAGCCCAGGCCAUAGCCGAGGAGCUGGAGUACGAGCUGCUGGGCCAGAUUGGAUCACUCGAAAAUCAUUACCUAUUCAGACAUAGAAGCCAUCCAAGAAGGUCUCGAAGAAGUGCCAUUCAUAUCACUAAGAGACUCUCCGAUGAUCAUCGUGUGUCAUGGGCAGAGCAACAGUAUGAAAAAAAGCGAACUAAGCGUUCAGCCUUGAGAGACUCAGCAGAAAACCUUUUCAACGAUCCUAUGUGGAAUCAGCAGUGGUACCUGCAAGAUACAAGGGUGACUCCAUCUCUGCCAAAACUGGAUCUCCAUGUUAUUCCUGUAUGGCAAAAAGGGAUUACAGGCAAAGGUGUUGUUAUAACAGUGCUCGAUGAUGGCUUGGAGUGGAAUCACACUGACAUAUAUACUAACUAUGAUCCAGAGGCAAGUUAUGAUUUCAAUGACAAUGAUCACGAUCCCUUUCCCAGAUAUGAUCCAACAAAUGAAAACAAACAUGGAACACGAUGUGCAGGAGAAAUUGCCAUGCAGGCCAAUAACAAGAAAUGUGGUGUUGGCGUGGCAUACAAUUCCAGAGUUGGAGGUAUAAGAAUGCUGGAUGGAAUAGUCACUGAUGCCAUUGAAGCCAGUUCAAUUGGUUUCAAUCCAGAACAUGUGGAUAUUUACAGUGCAAGCUGGGGCCCUAAUGAUGAUGGUAAAACUGUAGAGGGACCUGGCAGGCUAGCACAGAAGGCUUUUGAAUAUGGGAUCAAACAGGGCCGAAAUGGAAAAGGUUCCAUUUUUGUAUGGGCUUCUGGGAAUGGUGGUCGUCAGGGUGAUAACUGUGACUGUGAUGGUUACACAGAUAGUAUCUACACUAUAUCCAUAAGCAGUGCUUCUCAACAAGGUCUUUCUCCCUGGUAUGCAGAGAAGUGUUCCUCGACACUGGCCACAGCAUACAGCAGUGGGGAUUAUACUGACCAGAGAAUUACAAGUGCUGAUCUUCACAACGAAUGUACUGAGACUCACACUGGGACCUCUGCAUCUGCUCCAUUGGCAGCAGGGAUUUUUGCUCUAGCUCUUGAAGCAAACCCUAAUCUAACCUGGAGGGAUAUGCAGCAUUUGGUAGUCUGGACUUCAGAAUAUGAUCCACUGGCCAACAAUCCUGGAUGGAAGAAGAAUGGAGCAGGGUUGAUGGUGAAUAGCAGAUUUGGAUUUGGAUUACUUAAUGCCAAGGCAUUGGUGGAUUUAGCUGAUCCUAAAAUCUGGAAAGGAGUACCUGAAAAGAAAGAGUGUAUAGUCAAGGACAACAGCUUUGAACCUAGGUUAUUAAGAGCAAAUGGAGAAGUAACUAUUGAAAUUCCCACAAAAGCUUGUGAAGGGCAAGAAAAUUCUGUUACAUCUCUGGAGCAUGUGCAGUUUGAAGCAACAAUUGAAUAUUCCCGCAGAGGUGAUCUUCACGUCACCCUCACUUCCCCAUCAGGCACCAACACUGUCUUACUGGCUGAAAGAGAGAGAGAUAAGUCUCCCAAUGGCUUUAAAAACUGGGACUUCAUGUCUGUUCACACAUGGGGAGAGAAUCCAAAAGGCACUUGGACUUUGAGAAUUACUGAUGUGUCUAGGAGAAUGCAGAAUGAAGGAAGAAUUGUGAACUGGAAAUUAAUUUUGCAUGGCACUUCUACCCAACCUGAACACAUGAAGCAGCCUCGUGUAUACACAUCCUACAAUGCUGUGCAAAAUGACAGAAGAGGAGUGGAGAAGAUGGCAGACUUUGUAGAGGAUCAUACCACGCAAGAGAACCUGAGUGCAAAACCCAUGGUCACUGAAGGUACCAGCAGUAGCACUGAUAAAAUGAGAGACAAAAUCCCAUCAGAGGCAAUGCUUCGUCUAUUGCAAAGUGCUUUUAGCCGGCACAUGGCCCAGAAUCGAGCACCAAAGAAGACUCCAAAUGAAAAGUUAAAUAUUCCAUAUAAACACUUCUAUCAAGCCCUUGAAAAAUUAAACAAACCCUCCCAGUUAAAAGACUCUGAGGACACUCUGUACAGUGACUAUGUUGACCUUUUUUACAAUGCCAAACCAUACAAACAUAGAGAUGAUAGACUGCUGCAAGCCUUGGUUGAUAUUCUGAAUGAAGACAACUAA